AUUCAUGCAUCCUGGGAAAUUUGGAAGGCACUAGAAUUUGGAAAUGUAGAUUUUGACACCCUGGCUAAACGAUGCACUGAGUAGUGACUGAACUGGGACAAAGUCUUCGUCUGUAUCCGUGGUUAUCAGGAUUCUGUGCCUCCUUGUGUCUCUUCGUUUAUUCCCAGCCAUCACUCUCAUCGCAUCUACCUGUUCACCUGGCUUUUUAUUGCUCCGCCCCUUGUUUUUUUCUGUCAGGAGAAAGCCAAAGUUCCAGAGUUAAAGCUGCAUGUAAACUACAAAGAUCCAACAGGAAAUUAAUCUGGAAUCUUCUCUUUGACGAUCGUGUCUAUUCAUUAACUUUACUGCCCACUGACAGCUCACCACACUGAGCUCCAUUGAAAGGUAAUCUCAGUAUUGGUGUUAUAUUGAUCUUGGACUGAACAUUUGCAUUAGGCAAAUGUAUUCAUAAACCCAAACAAGCUACACUGUGUUGAACUUGAGUUUACCCAGCCAAAGCGACGCUCUGCAGACCAGUUCUUCCCUUUUCAUCCUGGAGACAAGAACUUGUGGAUUCUUCUAAAUGCUGCUGUGAAUGUCCUUAUUGCUCUGUUGCAGCAGAUUUUCCUUUUCCUCUGUUUUCACAUGGAUGGAGUAAGGUAAAUGGUCAGUUUUAAAGAUUUAGACAAAUGUAUUUGACAAAAUCCUUUCAUACUUGGACUAAUAGUGUUUUUUUUUAGAAUAAAAGCUGUGCUUUGUGCACUCCUGCCAUUGCUGAUGCUCAAAUUACAGGCUGAGGAAGCUACAACAUCUGAUCAAAGCAAGUGCAUUUAUUAUUUUCUUAGAUUUUAUUUAAAACUGUCACUUAAUUUUUGUUCUGAACAUAUUAACUAUUCUGACUUUGGUCUUUUUAUUUUUUUUCUUCAGCUACAGCAUGGAUUAUUAUACUCAAUUAUGGCCUUACUAUAGAUGUGGCUGACUCGAAGUGUACGAUCUUUGAGCAGAAAUCUGAACCACAAUGUAUAAACGAUGGACCAGAGUGUCUCAUUCAGUAUACAAAUGGAUAUCAGAAGACAGAAUUUAAUGAAUCAAACUUCAGUCUGAAUGCCUCAGUGACACAUCUUCCCGGCAGAGACGAUUAUGUCAUCCAUGGAUUUGCAAAUUACUCCAUACUCUCCUGCCAAGAUUCCUCCAUCUUACCACUUCUUGAGGAUCUGUGCAGUGAAGAUUGUGGCAUUGAGAGCUUGGCGAAUCUCUUAUCGAUAAAGGAUUUUUGUGAACACCUCGUCAGUCAGAAUGUCAGCAUCAAAACAAUCUACAUAAAGAUGGAAAGAGAGAUCAUCCAUGAUCUUAUGAAAAACUGCCAGAACAGAAAUUUGACUGAAUACAACCUGAAGAAACUGUCCAUAAACAUCUUCAAUUUCUCAGACGAAGCUCUAACAAUGUCAGGAGGACUAACAGCAAUGAAGAUGGAAGCGCCGCAGCUGCCGACCAAGAAUUCAUCAUUCAUUCCUGAAAUCUGGAUGCCUCUGGACGCUUUGCACAAAAUCCCAGCAGAAAGGAGGGUUGUUGCUUUGGUCAGUUACAUGAACCACAGCCAGUUCCAGUUCAAUGAGGAGCAAAUCUCAUCCAUGGUACUCAGGAUUGAGCUGCUGGAGCAGCGCUACAUGCAGGAUCUGACUCAGUCAAUUACCAUGAUUUUCCAGAUUGAAGAAAUGGAUUCCAGACUGUCUAAUAACUCAAAGCUGCAGUGUCGCUAUUUCAAUGAGCAGGGUCUGGAAAAACAUUCUGAGUAUUGGAAAACUGAUGGAUGUGAGGCCACAGUCAACAAAACCACUGUUACCUGCAAGUGCAACCAUGCAACACCAUUUGCUGUCCUGCUGAUAAGAGAUCCAAUAGCAGAAAUCCACUGGAUGAUCCUCUCAUACAUCAGCUAUAUAGGCUGUGGCCUUUCAGCUUUCUUCUGUGCAUUAAGUUUCCUGAUAUACAUAUUUGGCAAGAAAAACAAAAUGGACUUCUCCAUGUCCAUUCACGUCUCCCUGAGCGGCGCCCUGUUUCUGCUCAACUCCACCUUCCUGCUGACAGAGUGGGGGGCCACGGUGGAGCUCAGCUGGGUGUGCGAGUUUGUGGCAGCCUUCAUGCAUUACUCGCUGCUCUGCAGUUUCACCUGGAUGGCCAUAGAGGCCUUUCACCUGUACCUGCUGCUGGUAAAGGUGUUCAACACCUACUACAAGUACUACCUGCUGAAGCUGUCAGCGGUGGGAUGGGGGGUCCCUGGUCUGAUUGUGGCGGUUUCUCUGGGAGUGAAGGACUUCAAGCAGCUUUAUGGAGCCAAAGAGUUAACCAUGCUGGAUUCUAACCAAACCAGCGCAAUCUGCUGGAUCAUCGAUGACUCCUUCUUCUACUCGUUGAAUCUGGUUUAUUUCAUCCUCAUCUUCAUCUUUAACUCUGGUAUUCUGAUGGCGGUGGGCUCCAGCAUCUGCAGGAUGAACAUGCUUGUCAAGAGUCCAGGAAAGUGUCAGGCAGACCAGCAGAGGUUCAACGCGUCCUGCAGGAGCGGCCUAACCCUGCUGGGUCUCACCUGCCUGCUGGGGACCACCUGGGGUCUGGCCUUCCUGGGAUCGGGAUAUGUCAACUACCCCGUCCUCUACCUGUUCUGCAUACUGAACUCCCUGCAGGGUUUCUUCAUCUUCAUGUGGAUCUGCUUCACAGCCAAGAGGCAGAGGAAGAGGCAAAUGGAGGAGAAACUGACCUCAACUCCCAUGAGGACGUCAGCGCUCAAAUCUGAGUAGAUCUCCAUCCUUUAUCUGGAAUCAUCUUCUCUUAACAAGCACAUUAAAGACUAUAAAAUCACAUGUAUGUUUUGUUUCAGAUAUUUUUACUUUUAUAACAAUUGAGGUUUUAAUAUAAAAUAAGUCUAAUAUUUUAUAUCCUUAACAUUGUUUGUAUUUUUCUAGAUUGGCAAUUAUUUCAAUUUCUGUUGAAUUCUUUUUCAUUCUUUCAUUCAUUUUCCUGACCGCUUCGUCCCUUUCAGGGUCGCGGUGUUGAAUUCUUGUUCUUCUUAAAACAAUAAAAAAUUGUUUUAUUUUUUAUCCAACUCUUUUCGUUUGUUUAUUCAUUUUUGAACAGUAAAUAAAGCUCAACCAAACAAGCUUUUCUCUAAAAGUAAAAUGAGUCAAAAAGCAUUCAUUUCCAUUUUACGAUUUGGGAUUUACUUUAACGAUGUAGUAAACAAACAAACAUAGAUAUUUAAAAAUCAAUUCGAAAAAAAUGGUGAAAAAUAUAAGACAUUUACAAAUUUUCUCUGUUCGGAAAUAAAUUGCAAUUAAUAAAAACUACAAACAAUUAUGCGUUUUUACAUUUCAUUCUUUGCUUUUUUACUUUUAUGUAUUUUUUUAUUUGUGGAUUUAUAUAUAUAUAUAUAUAUAUUCAAUUAAAUUUUCCUUUUUUCUAUUUUCCAACAUUUCUUGUGCAUGUAAAUGAGGUGGGCAGUGCUUUGGUACAGAUGGCCCCUCCCACACAUUUCCUGUCUGCAAUGCAUCCUGUUGGCGGCUGAAAUUAUUUGAUCUAUAACAAUUUUAAGGGCGUUUGUGUACUAUGUUUUUUUUUUUUUUUUCCACUGUGAGACUGAAGUCGGCGCUAGGACCUGGAGAGCUUCUGCACCCAAACCCGGCUCCGGUUCGCGUCCAGUACCACGUCUGGUGGUACUGGCUUGCGUCCGGCGCCGAGUCCCGAGAGCUGCGGACAGCAAGCUCACCGGGGGACGUUUUAAAUGUUCU